AUGUAAUCUAUUGGGUCUGAAGGACUGAAGGCAGGUGUUACUAAGUCGAACAUCCGCAGCAAUGUUACAAUGUAGAAGAGGUUUUGAUUAUCAAUUUAGAUAGGCCCAUUAAUUUAGGAGGCGGCAAAACUUAAUUAGGACCACCAAAGACUAACAUGGAUACUCAAUAAUCAGCUGCAGAUAAUAUUGUUGUGAAGUAUAAAGAUACUGUAGUGACUCCAAAAGAGUAAAAAUUUAAAUUUAAGAAAGGCUUGUGACUAAAAAAUUUUUAUAACUUGCAGAGUAAUAAAAUAGAGAAGAAGAGCAGCGAUUAAAAGUAUUAUAGAAAUAGAAUGAAGCUAAAGUCAGUUAAAGUGUUGCUGAGAGUAAUGUGAAAUCAUUUUAUUAAAGUGCUGUAUAAUUAUAAUUUUAUAAUUAGGAUAAAUCAUCUAAUUCAGAUGUAAAGAUUUCAUCAUCAAAUAAUCCUGAACGUAGUAGUUUUAUGGAAUCUAAAUAAUCUGAGGGUACAUAUUCUGAUUCAGAUUCAAAAAGAGAUCAAUCUGAAUAAUAAGAAAAGAAGACUAAAUAAAAGAAAGGAUUAAAAGAAGAGGAUUUAGAAGAGAAUAUUCCCAUUAAUUUAUCUGAAACUUGUACAAUGUAAUUACUUUUUAUACCAUCAUCUUUUAUCAACAAUGAAUAAGGAAAAAAAAGUGGAGUUAUUUAAAAAACUUAGGAGUAUGAGAAAUACAUGGUUGAAAAGAUUGGAAGUGAUAAUUAUACUAAAAGACAUGCUUAAACAUUCAAUUAUAAUUAAAAACAUAAAAUAUAAUAAUCAAAUAAAAUAGAGAAAAAUGAAUAUGGUGCAUUUGCUGCUAUUUGGGAUCUAUAUGAUGCAUCAAUUACUGAUUAAUUGAAUGAAUUUGAAUUAUUAUAAGAAGACAUAAAAAGCUCUAUUGAAAAAGAAUAUAAAUAACAUCUCAAAAAUCCUUAUUUUCUACUACCAACUGAAUUAGAAGCUAUUAAGAUUCAUACUGAAAGACCUGUAUUAGGUAAGGAUUAUUCUGAAAAAUAAACAAAUAAAACAAAAACAGGCAUAAAUACCAAUAAGUAGAGUUAACCACUUAAUAGUUUAUCUGGAGGAUAUACUAAUUAAUAAUUAGAUGAAAAAAUGUAAGAUUCAAGUUCAAGUCAUACAGGUACAAAGAAUUUGUAAUCUUAAUAAGUUAAUAUUUAAUAAUAAGUAACAAGAAGUCAUGGCAAGACUAGUAAUCCAAUGCCAGAAUAAUAAUAAAAAUAAUAUGAAAUGAAAUAAGAUGAAUAAGAUUUAAAAGAAGAAGAUUAUAUGAAAGAAUUGGUUAAAAGAAAUAAUACUUAAAUGUCUGAAGCAGAAUAAGUGAUAUUUUAAAGUAAUUUGGUUUAGACAAAUUUAAAAUAUGUUGAGAGAAUUUUGAAUUAAAAUCUAUUUCAUAAACAAUACAUUUAAUAUAGAAAUUACCCUGAAGUUAAAUUUGAAAAAAUGACUUUAGAUGAGGAUCUAAAAUAAAGAGGAGGAGCUUUUAAAAGAGCAUUUUAAAAUAAAUAAGAAGAUGAAGAAGUUGUAGAAAAGAAAAAACAUGAACCUAUUGUGUAAUUGUUCUAAUAUAAAUGUGCCUUAAGUGAUUAAUGUAAAGUUACUUAAGCAGAUUGGAAUUCUGUUAAUAAAGAUUUAUUGGCAGUUUCUUAUUCAAAUUAAUAAACAUCUGAAGGUCAUAUUAUGUUUUGGACCCUCAAAAAUCCUACAUAUCCUGAAAGAAUAAUUACUUAUCCUUCAAAAAUUAAUUGUUGUAAAUUUUCAAAUAGUCAACCUAAUCUUAUUGCUGCUGGUACUAUUGAUGGUAUAGUUGCUGUUUGGGAUAUAAGAAGAAAAUCAGAUAAACCAGUAACUGAAAAUAAAGAAUUACCUGGAAAACAUAGUGAUUCAGUAUGGGAAGUAUAAUGGAUAGGUAAAGGAGCAAAAGGAACCGAUAAGGUGGAAUCAUUAGUUAGUAUAAGCAGUGAUAGUAGAAUUGCAGAAUGGUCAAUGAAAAAAGGAUUAGAGUAUACUAAUUUAAUGAAUCUGAAAAGAGUUGUUUAAUCAUCUUAAAAAGAAAAUUUAUAAGAAGGAGUCAAUUUUAGAUUAUCAGCAGGAUUUUCAUUUGACUUUUUAUAAGGGUAAAUUAUUUAUUAUAUAUAAACAAAUAGAGAAUCUUCUAUGUAUUUAGCAGCAACUGAAGAUGGAACCAUACAUAGAUGUUCAAAGUCAUACACAGAACAAUAUUUGGAUAAUUAUUUUGGUCAUUCUGGUCCAGUUUACAAAGUUAGAUGUAAUCCAUUUAUGAGUGAUAUCUUUUUAACAUGUAGUGCAGAUUGGUCAUGUAAAUUAUGGAAUUGGAGAGAAGAAUUACCAAAAGCAAAUUUCUAAGUAUUAUAUACAUAUUAAUUUAGUAAUAAAACUUAUAAGAUGAAGUUUUAGAUUUUGAAUGGUCACCAUAUACAUCCACUUUAUUCGCUUCAGUUUGUAAAGAUGGAAGAUUAGAAUUAUGGGACUUAACAAAAAAUAAUAUGUUAGAUCCCUUUGCCACUUUAAUGCCUUAAGAUUAAUAGAUUUGGGCAGCUAAGACAAUGGUUCGAUUCGCUCAAAAUAGUCCAAUUAUAAUUACAGGUGAUGCUCAUGGAGAAAUUAACACUUAUAGAUUAUAUGGUAAAAUAGUAAUAUUAAUAAUUUAGGUUAUGAGGAUAAUGAUCCAUUAGUCCAAUAAGAAAGAUUAGAAAAGUUGUUUUAUCCAACUGGAUAUGUUAAAGGAUAAAAAGAACAAAGAGAUUGAU